ACUGGUGGUUCCAGUAGGAGGCGUGUCACUGGGCUUCAGAGGGGAGAGCGGUUCACAGCAGUAGCAGGGAAGAUGGCAACUCUCGCAUCUCUCACCCAGGUGGUGAGUGGGAAUCCUGUUUAUGAGAACUUCUACAGACAGGUGGAUCCUGAAAACACUGGCAGAGUAGGACCAACAGAAGCAGCGCUGUUUCUCAAAAAGUCUGGACUACCUGACAGUACAUUGGGGAAGAUUUGGGAUUUGGCUGAUCCUGAAGGAAAAGGCUAUUUGGACAAACAGGGAUUUUAUGUUGCUCUCCGUUUGGUGGCCUGUGCGCAGAGUGGUCAGGAAGUCAGUGUUUCUAACAUCAACCAAACAGUCCCUCCUCCACAGUUUAAGGAUACCAGCAGUCCCUCUUUGAGCAGCACAUCCUCUUUGUCUUGUGAAUUGCUGUGGGCUGUUAAGCCUGAGGAGAAGAAUAAAUUUGAUGGGAUUUUUGAAAGUCUUGUCCCCAUCAAUGGCCUUCUGUCAGGAGACAAGGUCAGACCAGUCCUCAUCAAUUCCAAGCUACCUCUAGAUGUCCUUGGCAAGGUUUGGGAUUUGAGUGACAUUGAUAAAGACGGCCAUCUGGACAAGGACGAAUUUGCAGUGGCCAUGCACCUUGUGUAUCGGGCCUUAGAGAAGGAGGCGAUUCCCGCGCUCCUUCCCUCUGCCCUCAUCCCUCCAUCAAAGAGGAAGAAGAGCCUCUGCUCAGUGCAAGGUCCUGUUCCUGGACUACCAGCCAGCCCCCCACCACUAAAAGACUCACUACAUUCCACACCCUCCCAUGGCAGCAUGACAUCACUCAACAGCACCGGCAGCCUGUCACCUAAACACACUCUCAAGUCAGGACUGCAUUCACUGAAUUGGGUGGUGCCAUUGUCAGAACGUGGUCGCUAUGAUGACAUCUUUCUGAAGACGGACGCAGAUCUGGAUGGCUUUGUCAGUGGACAGGAAGUAAAGGAUAUCUUCAUUCAAUCUGGACUUUCUCAGAACAUCCUUGCACAUAUAUGGUCUUUGGCAGAUACAAGACAGAUAGGCAAACUGAACAGGGAGCAGUUUGCCCUUGCGAUGCACCUCAUCCAUCAGAAAGUAGGGAAGGGUAUUGACCCACCCCAAGUCCUCACUGUUGACAUGAUACCUCCGUCAGAGAGAGGAACUCCCAUACCUACAAUGUCCGGAUAUAUGACUCCAGUAGGAUCAGAGAUGGUUGCUCUGUCAGAAAUGAGAAGGGACAGCUCUAGUUCAGUGGGUUCAGGGGAGUUCAGUGGCAUCAAGGAGCUUGAUGAUAUUAGUCAGGAGAUAGCCCAGUUGCACAGGGAGAAGUACACUCUGGAUCAGGAUAUUAGGGAGAUGGAAGAAGCUAUCAGACAAAAGAGUGCUGAGGUGCAGGAGAUGCAGAAUGACAUGGACAGAGAGACAACCAAUCUGCAGGAACUGGAGGCGCAGAAGCAAGAUGCUCAGGACCGUUUGGAGGAGAUGGAACAGCAAGAGCAUAAAUUGGAAGAUAUGUUGAAUGAAGUACGCCAGAAGUGCAAGGAAGAAUCUCAAUUGAUCUCAACUCUUCAGAGGCAGAUCCAUUCCCAGGAGUCAGAUUUGCAAAACCAGGAGGAAGAACUUAGCCGAGCAAAGGCUGAUUUGGACCAUCUACACCAGGAGGAGAGACAGCUGGAACAGAGCCUGGCUGCUGGCAAGAUUCAACUGGAAACCAUCAUCAUUUCUCUGAAGUUGACUCAGGAUGAAAUCAACCAAGCUCGCGGCAAGUUAUCCCAGAUUCAAGACUGUCAGCAGGAGAUGUCUAAAGGAAUUGAGCAGUACAGCAGCACCUUAAAUGGUACCAAUGGAGGCAGUAUGACAAACCUGGCCGACAUGAGCGAAGGCUUCAAUGACAAAGAGAGUGGAGGCUUUUCAGCUGCAGGGAAGGGUAGACAGGAAGAUAUAUUCAAAGUUAAGCCAUCAGUGUUCUACAAUCGGCCUCAAGACCUUCAGUCGGACCUUUUCAACUCUGAAGACCCAUUUAAAACAGACCCAUUCAAAGGUGACCCAUUUGAAAGUGACCCAUUUGGAAAGGCAUCAUCUACAUCUACAGAUCCCUUUGAAGGAGAUCCUUUUAAAGAAUCGGAUCCAUUCAAGGCUUCAUCUGAAGAUUUUUUUAAGAAGACUACAAAGAUGGAUCAUUUUUCCACAACAGAUCCUUUUUGUAAAAGUGCUACUUUACCCUCCAAGCAAACGAGUCACUUUGCAGGAGGUGACCCAUUUUCUACAAACCACCAGAAACCCAGAGGAUCAGAUCUGUUCUCCACACUGGAUCCCUUUGGGAGUAGUACGUUCAACAGUGCCACAAACAGCUGCACUGACUUUGCAGACUUCAGCCACAUGUCAAAAGCCAGAGACCCCUUUGAAGGAAGGGCCAACUGGCUUCCAGAUUAUCAGAAGCCAGUAUUUGUAGAUGACCCUUUCACCAGGAAAACAGACAUGCCAGCUCUGCCACCUAAAAGAAGUAUACCGCCAAGGCCCAAACCACCCAGCGGUACAACAACACCAGUAAGCUUGAUUGCCACAGCAGAUCCUUCCAAACCAUGUGACCCUUUCCAGGCUUUUGGUGCUGAUGUCAUAGACCAUUUUCAGGCUAAAAAAGGUCUAGGUGACCCAUUCAGUGGAAAAGAUCCCUUCAUCCCAUCAUCAGCAUCAAGUAAUGCUCCUAAAGAAUCUACCUCCGGUUUUACAGAUGUCAGUUCCGACCUGAUAAAGUCAAGUUUGGUAACGAAGCUCAGCAACUUGAAUGGGCCAAGCGAGAGAGUGAGCGGGCAGAGCGAGAUCGACUGAAAAGGCUCAGGCAACAGGAACAGGAGGACCUGGAGCUGGCCAUUGCCCUUAGCAAGGCAGAGAUGUCUAAUGCAUGACAUCUACAUCUAACAUGCAUCUAACUCAGAUGACAUUAUAAUAUGAACACCCCUACACACACACACACACACACAACCUUGCACCACCAUACUUAACAAAUAGCUGCAAAACCUGUUUGGAUGCAUGACAAAAAAAGUGAUUUAAUAUAUGACAUGAGGAAGAGGAACUUUUGAAGGAUGUAUACACUGCGUAUUAAUUACCACUUUAGUUCUGGAUAUCAAAACUGAUACAUUAACAAAGUCAAGCAGACAAAACAAUUUACCAGGAUUUGACUCUACAGCAGCUCUUUUUCUGGUACUUUCACAAUGUGAAAAACAGCCUGUCAGUUCAUCUGGAAUUGAGCAACAAAGAAGCUAACAAAGAUGUAGAUUUGUGUCAAACUCAAAAGGAGAGUGUUUUUUCUUCUAACAUUUGAUAGAAUUUGGCAUUUAGUUUUUGUGCAUAAUGCCAUAAAAAAGGGAUUUAACAAGAAAAUAGGGUUUCAGAAAAUUAGAUGAUUACUAAUAACAGUAAGACAUAACCAAGAGGAGAGAUAUCAAGAUUUGAAGGACUCUAAAAUUUUAUCUGAUAUACAGAAAUGAGGUAGAUAUUCAUUUUUCACUCUGUUUUUAGAGUGCUUUCAAAAUAGCUUGAUAGUCCUCUUUGUGCCACACAAAACUAGCACAGGAUCUCAAGCAAGACAGAAUUGUUCAGAAAUUCCAAAGUACCAGAGCUCUCUAGAGACAUAAGAGGUUGAAAUCAGUUAUUUCCAUACAGCUGUGGAGGACAGCAAGGCACAAACCCAAACUGAGUUGGGCACAAGCCAGCCAGGUUGGGUUUGUGCCCAGGCCCAAUCUCAAUCCCAGCCUCAGGCCCAUCUCAGGUUGGGCUUGUGCCUUGCUGUCCUCCACAGCUCCAAAACUUGUGAGAGGACACCACAAGGAAAGUCCUGCCCAAAGACACAAUGACUGAGAAGGACAGAGCAGCGGUCAAACCUGUGUUGUCCCUCCCACAGGUUAUAAGGCAAACUCAUACCUUCUGAGACACCAUUCCCCAAUCCCAAACAUUUCCUGAUUUAGAUCAAAUAUAUUUGUAUUUGUAUUGUAUAAGAUUUUAUUCAUUAUUUUUUUAAAUUCAAAAUUCAGCAAACAUUGUAAUAUUUGGUAGAAUUGCUGUGUAUACUAUACACAGGGUCAAAGCUAGAUUCUGUUUUGUUAGUAUGACAAGGAUGAGGCAGGAAGGUUAACAUGUACUUUACUUCACAUCACAUCACAACUUCCACAUAUAUAUUGGUUAAUAUGUUACACGUCAAGAUAACUGUACAUAACAUCUCCCCCUUUUGAGGAAGAGAAAAGGAAAUAAUCCGUCAUCAGUUGAGAUCAGAGCUUUGUGAUUAUCACAACUUUGUUGUUCUAUAUAUUUUUACUCUAUUUGCCCCAAGCUUUAAAUUUUUGGGUUGAUGUUUGAGAAGUCACUUUAAUAAUUCCGCAUAAUGUGCCCGAGUUCAGCCCAUCUUUCACAUCUUUGUGACAAGAAGAGGCUAACCUAAACAGUCACAGUAAUUUUUUGACUGGCUUUUAGUCGAGUAUUGAGAAAUGUAAAGUUCAACAUAGUGCUGGCACUAUUUUGGGAUGCUGUUCUCAGGCUUACAAGUUAAGCCUGAGAACUACUCAGCCAUUCUGAAUGGCUGAGUAUCACGAUACAUUUUGCUGGACAAUAAAUUGUCCCUGAAAUUAUUGCGUUAAAUGAUAUUAUCAUUUUGACACCAUUAACUAAUAAUAAUAAAGGCAAAUUUAUGCAAGCAUACCGACUCAAAGAUUUAAAAAACUUUGAUUCCUACAGAAUAUUUAACUGGAAAACAAAACAACAAUGAUUAAAAUGGAUUAUGAAGUCUCUAUUACUAAAAUUGGCUUAGACAGGGAAAACAGGCAAAAGGGGCAGUGAGUGCAAACUCAAAUGUUUAUCAAAAUAAUGCCGGUUGGAAUGGCAAAACACUUAGACACAGUUGGAUCAGAGAACAGAACAUGUCUCCAAAAAUAAGGCAUUUUUUCCAGAGCUCAUUUGUAAAAACUAUAUUCUCACUUUUCCUCAUCAGGUGGAUUUUCAGCCCAUGAAAGUCCACCUGAUGAUGGUAUAGAACUUGUUUUGUCUUCACAAGGUUUUGGCUUUUAUUCUGUGGUUGCAACACAUGUUCAUCUUUGGGACACAGAACCUCCUAUGAUGGUCGGGAUAUUACCAUGCUGUACUUGCAUUAAUGUUUGCUAAGAGAAAAAAUUCACUUCCAGGCACCUAGAUAUAAGUGAUGGAUAAACCAGACAAAGUGGGGUCCAGAAUUCUCAUAUUGUAUAUCUUGAAGAAUUUUUUUUAGAUUUUAUCAUAAUGCUACACAAGUAUGAUGUGCGCUUGAAGUGAUGUCAAUAUCCACAAGGUGAGAGGCAGAGUAACAGUUUUUCAGUCUGAACUCCUGACUCUGAAAGAGCAGUAAAAAAAAAACUUUUUUGAGAAUUUUUUUCUUUACUCUGGUGUUUAGCAAAUAAAAAUAAUUUUGGUAAAAAAGGAACUGUUUAGUGUGAUUUAACAACAUAAAUUAAAAGGGGGAAAUUGUUUAGCAUCUUUUUGAAUGUAAAUAUCUGGUUUCAACUGUAUAUUGAUUCCAGCUUGGCUGCAUCUUGGAACCAUCCCAGAACAAGUUGGGACAUCAAAGCUGCAAACAUUUGUCAGCUCGAUCAUGCCCUUCACCCACAGAGUGUAUUUAUAAACAGCAGCCAACCUCCGGAACCCCAAUCACCACCCUGAGGAUGACUCUCAUCCCUGCAAAGGACUCACAGGAUAUCUGGCUUUCUCUACUGAACAUUAUGCGUGUGACCCACAAAAAAUGUUCCACAAGGGACUUUCCUCAAGCCUGGAGCUUUCCUCUUCACACUCCUAAGUAUUGCAUUCCAGGGUAUGUUCUUUGGCAGUAUUUGUUCUUUUUUUUGUUUUUCUGAGUAAACAAAGUGUGCAUACCUCAACAAGUGCUACCCUUUCAUCAGAGUUGUGACUUUUUUGCAGGAACUUAUAUUAGUUUGUUUAUGUGCUGUAUAACUUGCUGCAUUGAAAUUACUACAACAAAUAGUCCAGGGACUGGAAAUUCCAUCUGAGGCGUUUUCAGAUUGUUCGAUAUCAGAAAAGCACUAUUUUGGUUCUUUUGGUGAUACCAUGUAAUAUCAGGAAAACAUGCAACAAUAUGGUGAAUGUUGCAAUAAUGAUGUGAUUUGCAAUGAAAAUACAACCAUUUGAAAUAUUACCAUUUUUUGUUCACAACAGUACUAGACCCCCAAAUAAUGGGUCCAUUCAGUCCAGUGGGUUAGGGUCUGAUUCUGGGAAAGAAAAGAAAAUCUAUUUCAAGGUUUGGAAAGGUUUUGGUUUCCAGUGAUUUCUGAGUUUUGGCAUCAGAAUGUAUCAUGAAUUACCUUCCCAACUCAUUACCUUUUAAAUCAUUUUCUGCUGCAACAAAUGUCACAAAAUACAUUACUGGAGUAGGGAGUCUGAAUGCAUGGUUAUUCAAUAAUUAGCUCAAUUUCAAGCAGUUCCUGACAGUAUGUGUAUUAUGUGAUAUAUAUUGUUCAGAUUGACUAGGUAGGCAUUAGGGAUGGUAUGUAAAAAUGCUAUGGUUCCAUGGUAUAUACAAAAAUGUAAAACAGAAGUAUGUAAUUUCAACCUUUUGACAAAAUAAGCACUCUCUGGUUUUUAUAUUCUACUAAGCUUACUUUCCUACAAUACUGGUUAAUUUCAGUUUUGGCUUUAAUUUACCUCAAAAUAUGCUAAACUAACUUACUACAGUGAAGAAUAUGAAUUGAAAUCAUUUUGGUGAGAGAUGAUGAGGAGACCAAACACACCUAGAAGUGUUCAGGUUGUGUCUGGUCUGAUAAGUGAACAGCAACCUCAAAAGAAGGUUUUAUUAUUUACUUUACACAGCAAUAUCUUUGUUUAUUAUUUAGCCAUAUAUUUACCCCAUGAUGAUACAAAUGCAUGAUUUGAAUUUUUUGCUUUUAUUAAUUAUUUGUGUCCUGCAAAUCACAUUAGUUCUCGCAGCUAGCUGUGUUCUUCAUCGACGCACGAGCCGAGUGAUCCACUGCUAAGAUAAAGCCAGACUUACAGUGGGUAUGGAAAGUAUUCAGACCCCUUUAAAUUUUUCACUCUUUCAUUGUAGUCAUUUUUCAUAUUAUUUCUCAUGAAUGUGCAAGUAAUUCAUGAGAAUUAUUUUUUUUUUUUCCAUUUUGACAGAAAAAAACAAAAAUUUAGAAAUUCUUUUUACAAAUGUAUUAAAAAACAAACAAACUGACAUAUCACACAGUCAUAAGUAUUCAGCCCCUUUGCUCUUAGACUUAUUUAGUAGAAGCACCCUUUGAGCUAGUACAGUCUUGAGUCUCCUUGGGAACAAUGCCACAAGCUUUUCACACCUGGAUUUGGGAAUCCUCUGCCAUUCUUCCUUGCAGUUCCUCUCCAGCUCCCUCCGGUUGGAUGGUGAACGUUGGUGGAGCCAUUUUCAGGUCUCUCCGGAGAUGUUUAGUUGGAUUUAGGUCAGGGCUCUGGCUGGGCCAGUCAAAAAUGGUCUCAGAGUUGUUCUGAAGCCACUCCUUUGUUAUUUUGGCUGUAUGCUUUGGGUCAUUGUCUUGUUGGAAGGUGAACCUUCGGCCAAGUCUGAGGUCCUCAGCAAUCUGGAAGAGGUUUUCUUUCAGGAUAUCUCUGUACUUGGUCGUAUUCGUCUUUCCUUCAAUUGCAACCAGUCGUCCUGUCCCUGCAGCUGAAAAGCAUCCCAUAGCAUGAUGCUGCCACCACCAUGUUUCACUGUUGGGAUUGUAUUGGGCAGGUGAUGAGCAGUGCCUUGUUUUCUCCACACAUACUGGUUAGAAUUAACGCCAGAAAGUUCAAUCUUCAUCUCAUCCAACCAGAGAGUCUUAUUUCUCAAAGUCUGGGAGUCUUUCAUGUGUUUUUUGGCAAACACUAUAAGAGCUUUUGAUGUGUCUUGCACUGAGGAGAUUCUCCCGUUGGGCCACUCAGCCAUAAAGCCCCGACUGGUGGAGGGCUGCGGUGAUAGUUGACUUUGUGGAACUUUCUCCCAUCUCUCUACUGCAUCUCUGGAGCUCAGCCACAGUGAUCUUUGCCUUCUUCUUUGCCUCUCUCAUUAAGGCUCUUUAGCUGGACGGUCAGAUUUAGGAAGCGUUCUGCUCAUCCCAACCUUCUUCCAUUGAAGGAUAAUGACAGCCACUGUGCUCUUAAGAAUCUUAGGAACAAGGCAUAGAAUUGUGUCUUUCAGAGCUCACUGGGCAGUUCCUUCCACCUCAUGAUUCUCAUUUGCUCUGACCUGCACUGUGAGCUGUGAGGUCUUACGUGUGCCUUUCCUAAUCAAGUCCAAUCAGUUUAAUUAAACACAUCUGGACUCCUUAGAAGGAGCAAAAUCUUGAGGAGGAUUGGAAGUAAUGGACAGCAUGCGAGUUAAAUAUGAGUGUAUCAAUACUUAUGGCCAUAUGUUAUGUCCAUAAUACCGUAACUGUAAAACAGUUUUUCUUUUUAGAUCAAUUUGAAUUUUUUUUUUAUCUGUCAAAAUGGGAUUAGUGUACAUUUAUGAGAAAUAAUAUCAACUUUUUGAUUUUAGCAAAUCGCUGCAAAGAAACAGAACAUUUUAAAGGGGUCUGAAUACUUUCCAUAACCAUUGUGUAUAGCACUUUUCAACCCUCAAAGGGCUCUCAAAGACGUUUUACAAUGAAAUCAGUCAAUCCCAUUCACACAAACAUUCACACGCUGAUGACAGAAAGCUACUGGAUUGUAACCAUGGCUGUCCUGAAGCAGUCUGACAGAAGUCAGGGUGCUAUUGUGCCAUCGGCCCUUCUGAUCAGCGCUAGCAGGCAAGGCGUUCAUUAGAAUGGUACAGUUUUUUAUUCUCAACAUAUGAAGCUUAUAAUAGAAAUUUGGUCACUAAUUAGUGACCAGAGUUAGUGGGGUCCACAAUUCUCAUCUUCCUGUUUGAGUUUCCUGAUGCAGGUCCUCAGACAUCAUAGUGUGUCUUAUGAAUCAGAAAACACAUUGCUGGGCAUUUUUACCAUCAACACUUGUGAAAGAUACUACUGGCUGACUGAGCAAUAGAUCAGUAAGACGCACCUUUUUGACUAACUGACUGCUGUAAAGGCAUCGAGUGUUGAGAGAUUUAAGAGAUAUAACAUGGGGAGUAAAACUAAAUUUAAACCUUCACACAUUUUGUCAGAAGCCACUUAAAAUGUGUCUUAAUAUUUGUGAAAAAAGGAACAGUACUUUAAACCUAUUGAGUGGUUUUUGUCCUCAAAGUCAUCACAAAGCUGAUGUGUUGUAACCAGAUUCUGAUAUGGUAAAAAUAGUUAGCUAUACAUUUAUAUAUUUGCAUAGCCAUAUUAUCUUUUGUGGUUAAUUUCAGUUUUUGUUGUAUUUUGUUUUAAAUUAUGCUGCUUGCCAGCUGAGCUAACUUAUUGACCAGCAGUGAACUAAACUGUAUUUUGUACUUGAAUGCUCAGUGUUUGCAUUUUUUUGUCCUUGCUGAUUGUGCUGGCUGAGUCCGAUGUUCACCUGUACGCAGUUUACAGGAGGAAUGUCAUUUUGUCCAAUACUGAGUGGUAUGUUUGAGGUUUCAGGAGGAUCGCAUCACAUUGUGACCUUGAGAACAUCAUUGAGUCUUUACUGAGACAUUCUGCUACGUAGAAACAUAAAUUGUCUUUUGCAGAUUGUGUAUCAUUUGAUCUCAAGUUUUUCUCAUGGUCAUAAUCUGGUAUGACAAAAGGAUAAAAUAAAGGUAAAAAUUAACUUAUGCAUACCAUUUAUUAAAACUGUGAACUUGCACCUCCAAAUUGUUGGAGUUUCAAAACAAAAACUGAAAUUAAUGUUACAUGUUUUAUUGUUAUUGUUGGUCAUAGCUACUAAUUACUAAUAAACAGAAACAUAAAGAGACUAAUAGUAACUAUCAAGCAUUUAAACAGAUAACAUAUUUUGCUGUAUAGCAUAUGUAGAAAUUGUUGAAGAAAUUAAAUGUUACUGAACAUUUUAAAUGUCUAUAAGAUGCUUUGCCAUGUUUGCAGUGCUGCCUGUUUAUUUUUUAAGUUACUUUAGCACAGCUUCCAUAAUGAACUCUUCUUCAGUUUUUCCUGUUUAUUGCUGCUUAUGCAAAUUACAACCAAACAACAAACUUUUUACCUUUGUACCAGAGAAUGUCAUAAAGGUUCUUGGACAUACUUGCCCUAUUACAGAGAGUUUUAAAUUUUUGACUCCAGCUCACUGUUACAAAUGGCAGCCAUUAUUCUUAAAGUGACGGCUAAAGGGGAUGGGCUGAGUCUGUCUGCAGUGUUAUUGUGUGAAAGUGUGAUGACUUGGGUUGCUUGCUAAGCAGCUUAGUUUAUAGUAUGAUGUGAAUAAAUAUCUUUAAAAAAUAAUUUUUAAAUAUAUAAAAUGAUUUAACAAUCAUUGAAUAUUGAUUAUUUGACAACCCUAUGUGUAUCUAUACAUAUACAAUAGAAGAAAAACAAUAGAAGACAAAAGUCUUCUAUUGUUUUUCAGCCUAUUUCCUAAAAACUAUUUAUUUGUGUGACCUCAGACCUGCUUUCUUGUAAAAAUCCAAUAUUAUCUUUUUAUUCUGCUUAAGUUGCGUAUUAGUUUGUUUGUUGAAAUUAAUUUGGUUGUUUGGUAAAAUACAUCAAUGUAUGUGUUGUCUGAGAAUGAGUUUUCUUGAUAGAAAAACAAAAUGGUAAACAGUUCUUCCUGGUUACUCCUAUAUUUAAAAACAUAGAAAAAGGCUUGAUCGUUUUGACUUGAUAACACCAGAGAAGAACAAUGGUUUGAUAUUAUACUGCUGUUUUUUUAGUUUUCUUGUAGAUUUUUUUGACCAACCUGCUUCAGAAAAAAAAACAUUUUAGGGUUAAAGCAAAAAUUCCAGUAUUCUUAAUUUUUCCAGCUAUUAUGCUAACAUUAUGUCAGUACCUAUAAAUAUUAGUGCCCUCUGUGUACUACUAUCAUUAUUCUAUCAUUCUAUCAUUACUGUGCCGUUCUUUCCUUUGUUCCUACAUUGUUUUAUCAUCAAAAACCAUAAUAUAAACCAUUAUAUUUGAUAUAAAUAUAAAAGUUUGCAGUGCUGCCUGUUUAUUUUUCAGUUUCAGUUAUAUAUUUUAUUAUAUAACAUAUAAUAAAAUAUAAUGGUUUUAUAUUUAUGUAUUUGUGAUUGUUUUUUUUAAGUGGGGGUGUGCUUGUGUGUGUGUGUUGUACACACAUUCAGGUGUUUUCAGGUGUUGUGUUUACUUCAAAUUCUUGCAGACCCUCCACACCAUAACAAUGACUUUUGGAAUCUACUAAAACUUUACUACACUUAAAUAUCCACACAUUCAAAAAAAUUGCAAUAAGAU